AUGGCCUUGAGAUUUGUUCAAUUGCUGAUCAUAUUUGUACUGGCCCUGGCCACCUCCCAAAGGAUCCUUGCAAGUGAUCCAGACAUCCUUUUUGACUACAUAGUCCCGCCAAAUAACAAAGUUGAUGCUAAUUUCUUUACUUACACCGGAUUCCGAGACAUAUUCGAUGAUGUUCCUGGAAGCUUAAACGUAACUAAAGCUACCUUGGCUGAGUUCCCUGCUCUUAACGGACAGAGUGUGUCUUACGCCAUACUUAAGUAUCCUGCAAACGGGGGAGUAAACCCACCUCACACCCACCCUCGCGCUGCUGAGCUUCUGUUCCUUGUUGGUGGUUCCUUGGAAGUAGGGUUCGUGGACACGAAAAACGUUCUAUAUACUCAGAAGCUUAAAGUUGGAGACCUAUUUGUGUUUCCUAAGGGAUUAGUCCAUUACCAGUAUAACUCAGAUGCUAAUUUACCAGCCUACGCCGUUUCAGCAUUUGGAAGUGCAAAUGCUGGAACGGUUUCAGUGCCUGUGUCUGUGUUUGGCACUGGAAUUGAUAAUGCCAUCCUAGCAAAAUCAUUCAAGACCGAUGUUGGUACCGUUAAGAAGCUCAAGGCUGGCCUCACCACUCAUAAAUGA